AGCGAUUCGUGUAACGGACGUCAUCAACCCGUGUGUCAUCUUGAACCAUAUUAUAACGCGGCACAUAACACAGAAAUUUUGGUUAUUCGCUUGGAUUUGAUUUAUGGCAACACGGUUGACUUACCUUCUUGUCAGCGUCAAUUUUUGUAAGCACAAAUUGACACAGAACACAGAAGUUAUUUGUUCUGUGUCUUGGAUAUCGAGUGUAUUAUGUUUUGUGGUAACAAAUUUACUGAUACUUUUCUUAAACUAACCUCAAAACAAAAACUGAAAUCCUAGAAUAAAAAGUAAAUAAUAUUUGAAUUUGUUUUUAAAUGCUUCACUAUUUUUUAGUGUAGGAUAGAAGCUUAGCGGUAGAAUGUCGCUGUAUGAUGACUACGAUGUGAAAACCACAGCAACAGAAAAGGUACAGGGUUGGUCUUCUAGCAUAAAACUGCUCCAGUCUCAAUUGCAACUGAAAAAGGCGACUGUAACCCAACCAAAACGUGAGCAAAUACGUAGGGCAAGCCUUGCACCAGUGAUAGACCUGAAAGCUAAAAAAGAUGAUGAGGAAAUUACCUCCAUACAUGGUAACAGCAGUGUGAAAGUAAACCAGAAGCUAGGCUACCAAUCAUCAGCUCAGCGAUAUACAGCAGUGAAUACGACUGGAAUGUUGUGGAUGAAUAUGAUCCAUUAUGGCCAAAUGAAUAUGAGAAAGUUGUUAAGGAAAUGAGGGAUCAUAGAGAUAAAGUCAAUGAGAAGGAAGAGAAACGCAAGGAUAAGAAGAGGAAAAGUAGAUUUGGUGACCCAGAAGAGAGCAUGUCCCCACCAUCCUCGAUGCAACUCACCCCUCAAAUGACCCAACCGCCAAUCAGCAGCGGUUUCGCGGGUCGCUGGAAGGAGGAGGAUGAAGAGGAAGAGGAAUCCAAACCUAAAGUUGCCCGCCCCAGUGCGGGUGUGGCUAUUGCACCGCCGCCCAGCCUGCAGGAGACUGUCGAACCUGUGAUGCUGAACAAGCUGCAACCUGCAGCUGCUGCGCCGUAUGGUGGGUCUAUAGCAGCUAAGAUUAUGGCUAGGUAUGGGUUUAAAGAAGGACAAGGACUUGGGAGGAUGGAGCAAGGGAUGUCCAGUGCUUUGCUGGUUGAAAAAACUUCAAAACGAGGCGGCCGCAUAAUUCAUGAGAAAGAAAUUCUUGCACAACAAACUGCUGCUGAAGCUGCCGCGGCUACUGCUGCAGCCAAUGCUGCCGCUAUGGCACUAGCUACUCAAGAGAAGCAGGAACCGUCCAUCACAGAAAUAAUGAAAAACCCAAGCAAGGUUGUGUUGCUUAAGAAUAUGGUAGGGCCAGGCGAAGUGGACGACGACUUGGAACCUGAAGUAAAAGACGAAUGCAACACUAAAUACGGCCCUGUCGCCAGCGUCAUCAUCCACGAGAUACCUACUGACAACCAUGAAGAGGCUGUACGAAUAUUCGUGGAAUUUCUCAGAAUUGAAAGUGCUAUCAAAGCUGUUGUGGACUUGAAUGGUAGAUUUUUUGGUGGCAGACAGGUCAAAGCAUUGUUUUAUGAUACUGAAAAGUUCGAUAAUCUACAGUUAAUGGACUGAAUUGUGUAAUUUGUAUAUAAUAAAAACACUCGUUCCUGGAACAUUCUUUUAUUUUUGUAAGAAAUGUGCUUGGAGUAUUGACAAUAUUUACAUUGUUUAGCAUAAAUUAAUCAUCACAAUAAUUCAAAUGUCAAGAGCA